AAACACAAAACAGUAUUACACCGGACAUCGUGUAGAGUGCGAGUCGGUAUAGUGUGUUAAAGUGUCUUAGUGAAUCCGCCAAACUGUUCGCGCCGUCGGAAGAAAUGUUGACUAUGGAAACGGACCUCAAAGGAGGUAGCCUACAUGCGACGAUGCCUCCUCAUCACGGGUUACAGGCGUACGGUUCUUUAAGUGCGCUGUCACAAGCCCCCAUGCAUCAACUAUCACAACAUCCCCAUCAGAUUCAUCACCAAAGCCAGGCGUCACAACUUCACCAUCAGCAGCAAAGCCAUCACCAACAACCCCAGUCACAACACAAUCAAGCGACAAAUAAUAACAAUACGACGAAACAACAGAACAUAGAGCGAGUGAAACGGCCUAUGAACGCUUUUAUGGUCUGGUCGAGGGGUCAGCGAAGAAAAAUGGCUCAAGAGAAUCCGAAAAUGCACAAUUCGGAAAUAUCGAAAAGGCUCGGUGCGGAAUGGAAGCUGUUGAGUGAAACGGAGAAGAGGCCUUUUAUCGACGAAGCGAAAAGGCUUCGAGCAGUGCAUAUGAAAGAACAUCCUGAUUACAAGUAUAGGCCCAGGCGUAAGACAAAAACGCUGUUGAAAAAAGACAAGUAUCCAUUGGGUACCCCCGGUUUACUACCCGGCGGUGAUACCACGAGACCAAGCGUGCCAGGUAUUCAACAAGUGACAGCCAGGGACAUGUACCACCCAAUGACUAAUGGGUACAUGCCCAAUGGUCAUGGUCACUACGUAGUGCAUUCCGGCGCCGGUCCCGAUACUAGCCCCUAUCAGCAACAGUACGGUGGCGCAAAUUACGUGCGUUACGACAUGAACCAAAUACAACAACACCAAGCGGCGUACAUGAACGGCGGAUACGGAGCCUACGGGACAACAGCCGUUCCUCAGGGUUCCCCUUACAUGCAACAGGCAGGAUCGUCACACAGUCCUUCGGGAUCAAGUAUAAAGUCGGAACCUGUGUCCCCAAGUUCGGGUCUGCAUACGCCGACUCCCGGUGGCUUGAAGCGGGAGUACGCGACGGGACAGCAACAGCAAGGUGACCUCAGGCAGAUGAUCAGCAUGUACUUACCCACGGAUGGAUCCCAGCACAUACAGCACCACCAGUACAGCACGUCGCCCGACCAACUGGGACCAGGACCAUUGGCGCCCUUGGCGCACAUGUGAGAACCGCUGUUUACGUCCCCCGAGCUGGACGUGCCGUCGAUACAAAAUGUGAUGUAAAUGUUUUAUUAGACAGAAACUUGUAAAUAGUUUUGUUUAUCUCUAAAUCGGUUCCUUAUACCGUCGCAGUAUUCCAGAACUUUUGGAGAUGAGACAGAGUGCAGUUUUCAUUCACGUAAGUGUUCAAUUUCGCUUGCCAAUCAUAAAAAUACUUUACCAAGUAGUUCAUACUUAUAUUUACUUAUCUGGAAAAUGCAGUGUUUUUCGCCAGUGUUUUGUAAUACUUAUUUAUUAUUCAUCUUUUCCAAAGAUUAAUUUGACUAACAAUAACUUUCCAUCAGUUUAGUUCUAUGUAUGAUUGACCAAUUUUGCUCACUUGUUACCAAAAGUCCAAAUUUAAAACUAAGCUAUAGAUUUUAUAUUUUUGUUUAAAGCUGCCUAGACAAUGUUUCCUUCGAAAUAAAACUAUUAUAAUGAAUGUUCAUGUCUAUUUUUAAUUGUCUUUGUUUUCACCUUUACACAACGUUUCGGAUAGUCAAUACUGUUAUACAUACAUAAUCUACUUAAUUUUUCAUAGUAGGUAUAUACUUGGCAUUGUCUCUAAUAUGUAUUAUCUUUAAGAUAUUAUCAUAUCGUAAUAAUUAUACAAAACAUCAUAGUUGUGUAAAUCUGAACAUAAAAAAAAUGAAAUUUUGACUUAAUAGCUUAAUUUUAAAAGUUCAUGUUAUUUUAAUUUUUUUUUCCAAGGUAUGACAACCUACUGUUCCCGUUGUUUUUAAUUUCUUUUUUAUGAUUGGCAAUCUAAGUGUGUUCACUUUACGAUUUAGUACAAAUUAAAAAGAACUUCACUUGGUUCAACAUUACCUAAAAAAAGGUAUUUUUGAAGUAUGCGAAGUUUUCUAAUCUCUAAGGAACUGCUGUAACAAAAUGCAUAUUCUUGUACAUAAUCAUUUUAUGUAAAUAGGUACAUUUUAUUCCGACAGAAAAUUCUUUUAACAUCUCAGAAAUUAAAACAUAUUAUAAGACCUAUUGAUUUAAAAAGUUUAUUGUGCAAUGUCUAUUCGUAUUUAUUAGUAAUACAGUGAUGUCUCAUUUGCCAUUCUGCUUAAUACAGACCUAUUUAUAAUUUCUAUUUAAUAUUCACAUUUUCCAUCACAGUAUUAUUAAUAUUCGAAUGAUCCCAAAUGGAAAUUUGAAAUCUAGCAAGACUGUCAAAAAAUGAACUUCAAUUAUUAUAUUCUCUUUGCUUUUUUUGAACUUUUCAAAAUAUAUUUCAGCUUUUACUACUUUCAGCUUAACGGAAUUUAGGUUUGGUAUUUUAGAACCUAAAUAUUUGUGACGGUUCAGCUAAAUCUCUAUUUUACAGACUGCAGUAAAAUUUUAUGACCCAAUGUCUUUUUUUGACAGUCUUCAAGAUGUAUACUUUUUGCUACCUGACAAAAUUACACUGAACAUUGUAAAAGUAUUUAUUAUUAAAUAUUUUCUAUAAUUUGUGAGAGAAUUUUUUUUUUCUUCGAUUUUUUACAUUUUCUAUAGCAUACUUACCAAAUCGUAAAUAUAAUGAAUAGGGCUCAUAAACAUUUCCUUUAUUAAUGUAAAUUUAUCAUUUUUAAUACCAAAUUAAUCAGUAUCGUGUAUAUAUCGUGCACAUUAUUAUUUAUUGAUAGUUGUAUAUUGGCGAAAAUCUAGUUUUGUUUUUUAGAACAGAGAUAUUUGUUAUAUUUAUAAGCCCGUUCAAAGUUCUGUGUUUAUCUAUGCUGUUUGUCCUUUUGGUUGUAAUAAUGUCAAUUAAUAAGAAAGCUAAAAUAUGGAUAGGUGAAUAUAUAAAAAAAAAUAUAUAUAUUCCUUAUACUUGCCAGCUAUAUUAUUAUUAGAUAUCACUGAUAAUAAUAUAGCCGUUCCAUCACAAGUUAAAGAUAGCGAAAUAUCAAGCCAGUAGAUAAAUUAUAUAGAUUUUCUUGCUGAAAAUAAAGCCCUUUAACAAAUAGAUAUAU